CACGAUAUUCCUUAUUCAGCACACUACGAAAACGCACUGUAUCAUAUCCUCGAAUACCCACCCCGCUCGCGCGACGCCAUCUUUGUGAUCCCAGACCACUCCAACGAACAGCCCAUCCAAGCCGUCUCCGUGCGCGCAAGAGAUAUAGAUCCAAAGUCGCUCCCGCAACUCACUCUGAAGAACCUUCCACUCUCCAUCCACGAUCCGCGGCGCGUGUUCACGAGUCCCGUACCCGGCAUCAGAUUGACGCAUCCCGGUGGUUACCUAGAAGGCGGUCCUGGCCCUUCACCAGAAGAUCAGAGAAAAUGGGCAAGAGACUUUUUGGAGCAAGAGAAUGUUGUGAAUGAGGAGGCGCUGGGUACGGUUGUGCAGCAACACAUGCAGCAAAACAUGAUUUUGGCCAAAGAACGCAUGCGCGCUCGUUACCAUGCUCUACAGCAAAACGAGAGGCUCCAAAAGGAAAUAAAGACACUGAUGGAUCAGAGGGAGAUGGAAGUCAAGAUUGAAACACGCAUGCAGGAAGACGCAAAGAAAAGAAGAGAGAAUCGCGAACACAAGAGG